AUGGAGUCACGAAUUAAGAUGAAUCCCAAUUCUCGCAAAGGUUUUUUCUAUGCGAAUUUUGACCAGCAGUCUGUGAGGUCGCCGUCUGUUAUUGUCAUAGGCGGUGGCAUGGCUGGGAUUGCUGCUGCCCGGGCACUUCAUGAUGCCUCUUUUCAGGUUGUUCUUUUAGAAUCCCGGGAUAGAGUUGGUGGCAGGAUUCACACUGAUUACUCAUUUGGUUUUCCUGUUGACCUUGGUGCAUCAUGGUUGCAUGGAGUUUGUAAUGAGAAUCCUUUGGCUCCGUUGAUUGGGAGGCUGGGACUACCUCUUUACCGUACUUGUGAGGAUAACUCUGUCCUUUAUGAUCAUGAUUUGGAAAGCUAUGCACUCUUUGAUAUGGAUGGAAAUCAAGUUCCACAAGAGUUGGUUAAAGAAGUUGGUAAAGUCUUUGAAACAAUUUUGCAAGAGACGGAGAAUGUAAGACAGGAAUACAGUGAAGACAUGUCCAUUCUACGAGCACUUACAAUUGUUUUUGAAAGAAAGCCAGAACUCAGGUUAGAGGGCCUUUCACACAAGGUGCUUCAAUGGUAUUUGUGCCGAAUGGAGGGCUGGUUUGCUGCCGAUGCUGAUUCCAUAUCAUUAAAAUGUUGGGACCAGGAAGAAUUGCUCCCUGGUGGUCAUGGACUUAUGGUCAGGGGCUACUUGCCUGUUAUACAUACCUUAGCAAAGGGUCUUGAUAUUCGUCUAGGACACAGGGUGACAAAGAUAGAUAGGCGAUUUAAUGGAGUAAAGGUGACUACUGAAAAUGGGAAAACAUUUGUUGCGGAUGCUGCUAUCAUUGCCGUACCCCUUGGAGUGCUGAAAGCAAACAUCAUAAAAUUUGAGCCAAAGCUUCCAGAAUGGAAAGAAGCUGCCAUUGCUGAUAUUGGGGUUGGAGUUGAGAAUAAAAUAAUAUUACACUUUAAAAAUGUAUUUUGGCCCAAUGUUGAGUUCCUAGGAGUUGUUGCCGAUACAUCUUAUGGAUGCAGCUACUUUCUUAACCUUCACAAAGCUGCUGAUCACCCUGUUCUUGUUUACAUGCCUGCUGGGCGGCUGGCCAAAGACAUUGAGAAAAUGUCUGAUGAAGCAGCUGCUGACUUUGCUUUCACACAACUCAAGAAGAUCCUUCCUGAUGCUUCUCCACCGAUUCAGUAUCUUGUGUCUCGGUGGGGUACAGAUAUUAAUUCACUAGGUUCUUAUAGUUAUGACGCAGUUGGGAAACCGCAUGGUCUGUAUGAGAGGUUGCGGGUUCCUGUAGAUAACUUAUUCUUUGCAGGGGAAGCAACGAGUGUAUUAUACACAGGUACUGUUCACGGUGCAUUCUCUACUGGAACAAUGGCUGCCGAGGACUGCAGAAUGCGUGUCCUAGAAAGAUACGGCGAGUUAGACAUAUUCCAGCCAGUGUUAGAUGAGGGUUCAGCCAUACCACUUCUGAUAUCACGUUAUUGA